AUGACGCUGGACCCGCUACGAACGGACAUAAGCUUUUUGGACAAUAACUUGACACAGAUCUUUCGAGACUCAGAAGAAUGGCUAACGCUGGAGUACCUGCUACAAAUGAAUGUGCGGACAUCCAGGGUCCGACUGGUGCAGGCAUGGCACGUAUCUCCAGUGCACCUGAUAAACAAAUUUGAAAAAAGGAAUUCGAACAAGUUGGUUUUGAAGAGCUUUAUUGACGUAUCUUCUUUGGACAUGGAUAAUUCUAUUCAGGAUGUUUGCACGAGGGGGUUUUCCGUGUCACGCAGGGGGUUGCGCCUCUCCGUGGGGAAUUUCAACAUCCCCGGAUUUCCCCUAACUUCUCUAGACGCCGGGCGUGAGAUGGUGAACCCGAACGAGUUGGACGGCGAGACAGGCACAACGCACAAGGCGAAGAAAACUCUAAAGAACAUCCUAAAGCACAGCGAAACGGUGUUGUUAUCCGGAGAGAGAAGCGUGUUUGAAUUUUUCCUAUGUGACGUGGGGGUGGGUCUCUCCUUAUCAGUCAGCGAAAAAGACGCAGAAAUGUACAACAGGGAUACAGUACCAAUAGAAUAUGACAGUGUUUUUAUUGACAAGAAAAAAGGGAGUGCAUUGGAUCAUUCGUUAACGGUCCAUUAUAGUGAUAAGGAUGGACAUGAUGGUUGUGGCAUAUCUGUAGGGGUAGCCAACCGAGAGGAUGAAAACAGCGAAAGGAUAAACUUAGCCUUGGGAGGAGACACCAUGGCAUCAUGUGGAGUGUUACCACAUUAUACAUUUCAUCACGAGUACAUCAUUUUUGAUAACACCCAAAUAUUGCCUCGGUAUUUAAUACAAUUUGAAUGUGACCCAAAUGGGGAGGAACAUUUCAGCCUGCCUUUAUGUGACUACUGUGGAAACGCACCCUCUGUAUUUUACUGCGAAUCGGACGAGGUAAAGUUGUGUGCAAAGUGUGAUCAUAUGAUACACACGCAGAAUAAACUUGUAAGGAAACACAUCCGGAAAACGCUAAACGAAGCACAAACGAUAUCAGGCAAGUGCAAAAUACAUGUAGAGCAACGUGUCACUAUGUUUUGUACAAUUUGUCACCUGCCCAUAUGCAAUAAAUGCGUUUCCAGCCAUGCACACACAGAUUUAUGCGGGGAAAAUAGCCCCUGGGUAAGUAAAAAAAACGAUGCAAUAAUUUCGCUAAAUUUAGCUUAUAAAGCUAUUAUAAAAAAUAGUGCCAUUCCGUCAAAUGUAAUCAAAGAGGAAAAAAAAAAAUUAAAUGAUGUGUUGAAAAAAGUGGAUAAAUUAUAUGAACAAGUCAGGUCAAAUAUUAAGGAUACGGAAAAACAUGUGUACACCAUUUUAGAGGAUGUCAUUAAACAGCUACAUGUAAUUACUGACCAGAAAAUGUGUGCAGUGUUAAGUGAGGAAUAUGAGUUGAAACGACAGUUUUGCGAAAUUGCAUGGAACGAAAACUUUCUCUAUUACCUACAAACAGUGUUGCCUCCAGCCGAUUUUAUGAAUGCCUGGCUUAAACACUGCUUGGUGAGAGAAGAAAUUGAAAAAAACUCGGCGUACACAGAAAGGCCGAACGCCCUCGUGUUCCCUGAUAUGUGCAUUCGGGGGAAUAUCAACGUCGUCACGGAGGAGUCUGCGCGCCACGCGGAGGGGAAACAGCACUAA